AAGGAAAGGAAUAGGUCAGUAGGUCACCCUCUUUCUCUUGCUGGCACUGAAUUUAUAUUUGAUAUCAAAUCCUAAUAGAAAAAUGAGAGAAUAGAGAAUCUCAACAGCUGCUCUCUGCCCUUCUUUCUGGCCUUCUUUCUUUCUCUUUCUCUCUAGAAUAAACCCCUCAACCAAAAAUGCUACUACCCCUUUGAACCCCAAGACAGAUCUCUAACAUAUUUCAGCCAUGCAACUGCACAAAUUUACACCAAAAAUGUAAAGAUUCCCCAUUUUUGGUGUAAUUUUGUGUGAAAAAGAUUGCAUUUUUACCCAUUUUUUGAGCUGUUGACAAAAUCCCAUUUUGCCAUUUGGUUAGUUUAGUUAAUUUAAUUCAAUGGCUUCAGAAGCUUCUUCAACCCCAGUUGCCAGUGGAAAUAUUGAAGUAUUUUCUUGGCUUAAAACCCUACCUGUAGCUCCAGAAUAUCACCCAACCCUAGCUGAAUUUCAAGAUCCAAUUGCUUACAUUUUCAAGAUUGAAAAAGAAGCUUCCCAAUAUGGGAUUUGCAAAAUUGUUCCCCCUGUUCCAGCACCUCACAAGAAAACUGCCGUUUCUAACCUUAACAAAUCACUCGUGGCCCGGUCUGGUUCUCCUACAUUUACCACUAGGCAGCAGCAGAUCGGAUUCUGCCCAAGAAAACAGCGCCCUGUUCAGAAACCGGUGUGGCAGAGUGGGGAAAACUAUACCCUGGAAGAAUUUGAGGCUAAGGCAAAAGCAUUUGAAAGGAAUUACUUGAAAAAGAGUAGGAAGAAGUGUUUGACUGCAUUAGAGAUUGAAACUCUUUACUGGAAAGCCAUUGUGGAUAAGCCCUUUUCAGUAGAGUAUGCAAAUGAUAUGCCUGGCUCGGCAUUUGCCCCGAGAAGGGGUGGAAAGGAGGGGGGAGGCGAGGGGAGUAAUGUUAAUGCUAAUGUGACAGUUGGGGACACUGAGUGGAAUAUGAGAGGCGUUUCUAGGGCUAAAGGGUCUCUGUUGACCUUUAUGAAGGAGGAAAUACCCGGUGUGACUUCGCCUAUGGUGUAUGUUGCCAUGAUGUUUAGUUGGUUUGCUUGGCAUGUGGAGGAUCAUGACUUGCAUAGCUUGAAUUACCUGCAUACGGGUGCAGGGAAGACAUGGUAUGGUGUGCCUUGGGAUGCUGCUGCAGCGUUCGAAGAGGUGAUCAGGGUGCAUGGCUAUGGGGGAGAGAUCAAUCCUCUUGUUACGUUUUCAACACUUGGUGAGAAGACCACAGUCAUGUCACCUGAGGUACUUAUUGAUGCGGGUGUUCCAUGCUGCAGGUUGGUGCAAAAUGCUGGAGAAUUUGUUGUUACUUUUCCAAGGGCCUAUCACUCAGGGUUUAGUCAUGGGUUUAACUGUGGUGAGGCUGCUAAUAUUGCUACUCCUGGAUGGCUCACUGUUGCAAAAGAUGCUGCAAUUCGUAGGGCUUCAAUUAAUUGUCCUCCAAUGGUUUCCCACUUUCAGUUGUUAUAUGAUCUGGCACUUUCAUCUUGUUCAAGAGUACCAAGGGGGGUUCGCAUGGAACCACGGAGUUCACGGCUAAAGGAUAAGAAGAAGGGUGAAGGAGAAAUGUUGGUAAAAGACCUAUUUGUACAAGAUGUGAUGCAGAACAAUGAUCUACUUUAUAUGCUGGCUGAGGGAUCUUCAGUUGUAAUUCUUCCUCAAAAUUCCGUUGUCAGUUCUUUUAGCUCAAAUUCAAAAGCUGGUUCGCAGUCACAGGUACAGCCCGGGUUGUUUCCCAGUUUGGGCAGUCCAGACCUCAUGAUGAAAACAACAAAAAGCUUACUUUCUGAAGGUAUUGUGCAAGAGAGGAAAAGGGGAGUCCUGCAAGGGACAGGAUCCUGUUCGAUGAAGGAAACUGUUUCUCCUUCCUGUUUUGAUAAGAGGCUUCCUUGUUCAGUUAGAGGUAAUGAAUUUUCAGCUCUAGCUUCUGAGUCCAAGAACAUGGAAACUGAAAAAGGCAGAGCUUCUCGGGGUGAUAGGUUGUCAGAGCAGGGGCUCUUUUCAUGCGUCACUUGUGGGAUAUUGUGCUUUGCUUGUGUUGCUAUAGUUCAACCAACAGAUGCAACUGCAACUUACCUGAUAACAGCUGAUAGGAGCGAAUUUAAGGACUGGGGAGAAACCAGUGAUGUCUUAACCGUUGUUAAUGGAGAUGAAGUUCCGCCUAAGUCAGAUUCUUGUUCAGGAUGGAUGUACAAAAGGAACCCAGAUGAACUCUUUGAUGUCCCAGUGCAAUCUGGUGGUCUGUAUCAGUCAGUCGAUGAUGAAAUUGUUGGACUGAUUCCAAAUACAGAAGCACAAAGGGACACUUCAUCCCUUGGUCUAUUGGCUUUGACAUAUGGUAAUUCUUCUGACUCAGAUGAGGAUGAUGUUGAUGCGAAUAAUCAUACUGAAGCCUGCCAGAAUGAAGCUAAGGAUUGCUCGCCAGAAAAUGGAUUGCAUUGUCAUGAUGCUGGACUUCACAAAGGAGGAUCCAGAAACAAUGCUAUCUCCUGUUCAGAGUUUAGUUGUGCAGAUGUGGUUCCUCUCCAAAUUAUUGGCUCUUCUGACAAACAAGGAACUACAAAAUCUACAUCUGAGAGUAGACGACAUCCACCUCCGGAUGGGACUAUUGAGUACAAGAGACGAAGUUUUCCAUCGAUGGAGAUAGAUAAUUUAGCAGAUAGGUGUAGACAUCAAGUCAAAGAACAAGAUGCCUCGUCUCCUUCCCCAGUAGCCCACAAGGCUGAGACUAUAACAUCCACUGCCAUAGUAGAGUUUGAGAACAAAACUUUGCCAUUUGCCGGAAGACCUGAUGAAGAUUCUUCAAGAAUGCAUGUAUUCUGUCUUCAGCAUGCUGUACAGGUAGAAAAGCAGCUUCGGUCUAUUGGUGGGGUUAAUGUUUUGCUCCUUUGUCAUCCAGACUAUCCCAAUGUAGAGGCUCAAGCGAAAAAGAUGGCAGAAGAAUUGGGGGGUCAUUAUGUUUGGAGUAAUAUUUCAUUCAGGCAGGCAUCAAAAGAAGAUGAAGAAACUAUACAAGCAGCUUUAGAAAGUCAAGAAGCAAUACAUGGAAAUGGGGAUUGGGCAGUAAAACUAGGCAUUAAUCUCUAUUACAGUGCCAGUCUUAGUCGCUCUCCUCUCUACUCUAAGCAAAUGCCAUACAACUUUGUGAUAUACAAUGCAUUUGGCCGAAGUUCUCCGGUGAAUAGCCCAACAAAGGAUGACUCUCUUGGGAAUUGGCCAGGCAAACCAAAAAAGACUGUUGUUGCUGGGAAGUGGUGUGGAAAAGUCUGGAUGUCCAAUCAGGUUCACCCUUUCCUUGCUGAAAGAGAUGAAGAAGAACAGGAGAGAAGCAUUCCUUCCUGCAUGAAGGCUGAUUUGAAGCCUGAGAGACCUUUGGAAAGCACCCAUGUGCAGACUGGUGAAACAACUGCUAGAACUUGCAGGACUGGGAGAAAGAGAAAAACUGCAGCAGAAAUUAGGCCGGCUGUAAAAGCUAAAUCUGCAAAAGUUGAAGAGCGAGAUAAAGCUGCCGAAGAUUCUCCAGUCAACCAUUCUCAACAUCAAUGCAAAAGCAACCGGAGGAACACGCAAAGGAAGAAAGAGAACGUUGAGUCUAGCAACAAAGGCAACAAAGUUGUGAGGAACAGGAAACAGUUCAACUUAGAAACUGAGGAAGAGCAGGAAGGUGGGCCUAGCACACGGCUGAGGAAAAGAGCUGAAAAGCCUAGUAAAGGUCAGGGAGCCAAAUCUCUUGAAACCAAAUCAGUAGCAAAGAAACAGCCAAAUGGCUUGAAGGCAAAGAAGAGUCCUGCUGGCUCUAACAAGAUGAAGGUAAAGGAUGAGAAGACUGAGUAUCCAUGUGAUAUGGAAGGUUGCACCAUGGGAUUUGGUUCAAAGCAGGAGCUUGUAUUACAUAAGCGCAAUAUUUGCCCAGUAAAGGGCUGUGGUAAGAAGUUCUUCUCCCACAAGUACUUGGUGCAGCAUCGCCGUGUUCACGUGGAUGAUCGCCCGCUGAAGUGCCCCUGGAAAGGCUGCAAGAUGUCAUUUAAAUGGGCAUGGGCUAGGACGGAGCACAUUAGAGUUCACACUGGUGCUCGUCCUUAUGUCUGUGCUGAGCCAGGCUGUAACCAGACAUUUCGAUUUGUAUCAGAUUUUAGCCGUCACAAGAGGAAGACGGGUCAUUCUUCUUCGAAGAAAGGCAGCUGAUGCAUUAACUGAUUCUUGAUGUUGUAAUUUAACAUGACUGAUAGAAUCUUUUCCAAUUAACGCAGAUAGGGGUAGGUGAGGAUUAGCAUGCCCAUGUAAUUCUUCCUAGGGUACAGUUAGGUCUGCUUUGUUUGGGGUUCCCAAUUGGCUCCCCCCAUUUACUGAAGUAGAUCAAUUGUUUCAGCAUUGACAGCAAAUGGAACUCUGAAAAGGAGAA